CGUGCCAAUAUAUUUUUUGUCGGUUCAAAAGUUACGCAUUUCACGUGGGUAGGCUAACAUGAAAUUUGGAAUACAGAGAAGUUGAAACGCAAAGUACUCGUAGGCUACUGAAAAAAAACAACAACAAAAAAAACGGCAAUAACAUGCACUCCUGUGGAUAUCAUACAGCAGAACAGCGAUACACGGAGUAGAACCACAUGUUUGUAAGUGUAGCCCACUCGCGCAACAGGGCUCGGUCGUUAGGGAGGCAUUCGACGCUGGCGAUAGUAGGAGUCGCGUUUCUUAUUUUCCAAAAUAAUGACAAAAACUCAAGACUGAGAACAAAAAAAUAUUUAUUGUCCAAUGUUUUGUUCGGAUUCUUUCAUCCGAUAACGAACUAGUGCUGAUAUAAGUUGUGUAUCUGGUCAUGCGUAAAACGGUUUGCAGAAGAAAGACGCGAUGUGUUUUCAAGGAAUUAUGUCUUCUUUGCGUGACUUUUACCGCGUAGGCUGCCGUUCGGGUAUUGUUCUGGACGAAGGUUCGGCUUGGUGCCGCGUUCCGUGUUUUCCCCUGACUGAACAAGUGCCGAUGAAGUAAAGAGCUUCAAGGAUUUGGGAAUACAGCGAACGAUGUUUUCUGAUGAGACAAAUCCCAACUACAGCGCCAACGCUACCGGGGGGGACCCCUUCGCUUCGCAGGGUCAGGAGAGGAACGGGACGUUCUCAAGGACCGGGUACAACGUGCUGUCCGUGUUUCUGGGAUGUAUCAUGGUUUUUGGGUUCCUGAACAACCUCAUCGUCCUGAUCCUGUUCUGCAAGUUCAAGACGUUGCGGACCCCAGUGAACAUGCUUCUCCUCAACAUCAGCGUCAGCGACAUGCUGGUGUGCCUGUUCGGCACGACCCUCAGCUUCGCGUCCAGCGUCCGCGGACAGUGGCUGGCCGGGGCACGCGGAUGCAUGUGGUACGGCUUCAUCAAUUCCUGCUUCGGAAUCGUGUCGGUGAUCUCGCUGGCCGUGCUCUCGUACGACCGCUACAGCACGCUGACCGUGUACAACAAGCAGGCCCCGGACUACCGCAAGCCGCUGCUGGCGGUGGGCGGCUCGUGGCUGUACUCCCUGCUGUGGACGGUGCCCCCCCUGCUGGGCUGGAGCAGCUACGGCCUGGAGGGCGCGGGCACGGGCUGCUCCGUGUCCUGGACGGAGCGCACGGCCAGCUCGCACUCCUACGUCAUCUGCCUCUUCGUCUUCUGCCUGGUGCUGCCCGUCAUGGUCAUGGUCUACUGCUACGGCCGGCUGCUCUACGCCGUCAAGCAGGUGGGAAAGAUCCGGAAGACGGCGGCCCGCAGGAGGGAGUACCACAUCCUGUUCAUGGUGAUCACCACGGUGGUGUGCUACGUGCUGUGCUGGACUCCGUACGGCGUGGUGGCGCUGAUGGCCACGUUCGGCCGCCCGGGCAUCGUCUCCCCCGUGGCCAGCGUGGUGCCCUCCCUGCUGGCCAAGAGCAGCACCGUCAUCAACCCCCUCAUCUACAUCCUCAUGAACAAGCAGUUCUACAGGUGUUUCCUCAUCCUGUUCCACUGUAAGAGGCGGUCGGUGGUGAACGAGAACUCCUCCAAGACGUCCAAGACCACGGUCAUGCACCUCACCCGCCGUAUCCACAACAACACGGUGUCCUGCACCGCCCAGAUCUCCAUCGGGGUCAACCACCACAACGGCAGCAACCCGGCAACAAAGGAGCCGCAGAUCCACCAAGUGCCGAAAUCCUCCUGAAACC